AUGAAGCGACAGAAUGUCAGAACACUUUCGUUAGUGGUUUGUACGUUCACCUAUCUACUCAUUGGUGCAGCAGUCUUCGAUGCCUUGGAGUCUGAAAAUGAAAGAAUGCGAUGGGAGUUCCUGUCCGCUCUCAGGGAUGGCAUUCUAAAAAAGUAUAACAUAACAAACGAAGACUAUAAAAUGAUUGAAAUCGUUAUUAUAGAAAACAAACCGCAUAAAGCAGGGCCACAAUGGAAAUUUGCUGGGGCCUUUUACUUUGCUACGGUCGUCUUAGCAAUGAUUGGUUAUGGACACUCAACACCGGUAACGAUAGGAGGGAAGGCAUUCUGCAUGGCUUAUGCGAUUGUAGGGAUACCGCUGGGCCUGGUCAUGUUUCAGAGCAUAGGUGAGAGGCUAAACAAGUUUGCAUCAGUCGUGAUCAAACGAGCUAAACGCUACUUCGGUUGCCAUCAAACAGAAGCUACAGAAAUCAACCUCAUGAUGGCAACAGGGAUGCUUUCCUCGGUUAUUAUAACUACAGGAGCUGCCAUGUUUUCCAGAUAUGAAGGAUGGAGUUAUUUUGAUUCUUUCUAUUACUGCUUUGUAACUUUGACAACUAUUGGGUUCGGAGAUUACGUAGCUUUGCAGAAUGAUCAGGCGCUCAUACAUAAACCAGGUUAUGUUGCGUUAAGUUUAGUCUUCAUCCUGUUUGGGCUUGCUGUUGUUGCUGCCAGCAUCAAUCUACUUGUACUUCGGUUCAUGACUAUGAAUGCGGAAGAUGUGAGAAGAGACGAACCAGACGAUAGCCAUGAUUCUUGCGAACAAGCAUUGAACGGAGACAUUGUCGCGUUGAACGGCAAGAUAUUGGCUAUGGGCUUCCCGGAUCAAACUUCCAUUUGCUCUUGUAAUUGCCUGGCCCACUCGGCCGCGAUGGCAUCACAGUUUCCGUCGUUGGCUUUGGCUAAGCGCGCUUCUGUGUAA